GUCUCAGUCAUUGGACCUCUGCUAUGGAACAUUUUUUGCGAUAAGCUGCUCCGCCUCACGCUUUCGUGACAUUUGUCUCAUAAGAUUUGCGGAAGAUGCGGCAGUGAUCGGGACUGGCAAAACGACGGAGGCAUUGGAAGAUGCACUGAACACUGCCCUAAACCUGAUCGACGAAUGGAUGGUGUACAAUGAUCUCCAGAUAUCCACUGCUAAAACGUUGGCGAUCAUGCUGACUACUAAACGUGAGUACGUUCGAUCAAGAUUAUUUUUUUGGAGAAGAGUUAAUUGUCCUAUAAGCUGAGGUGCGUUAUUUGGGAAUCUAGCUCAGCACGUCACUCGAAUUUAAAAACCAUAUAUCAAAGGUUCGGCUGAAAAGCCUCUACAGGCUAAUGCCCAACGUUGGUAGCCCCAAGUCUAUCAAGAGGAAACUUCUUGUCUUUGUCGUCCAAAGCCAGUUAUUUUACGCGAUUCCGGUAUGGGAUUCUUCCCUAGUAUACCAAAAUCUUUGUCAACUGUUAUUAGGGUCAUAAAGUAACAUGGCUCUUAGGGCAUAUUGUGCCUAUGGAACUGUUUCGACCUCGACGAUAUUUGUGGUGGCAGGUGAGACUCCGAUUCAUCAUAUGGCACUUGGAUGGUGCGUUAAGCGAUGAGUGCUCAAGAAUGGAACCAGUCCUCAUGAGGGCGAACAGGAGGUCGAGUGCCGAAUUUGGCAGUGGUGGCAGGCUGAAUGGGACGUAG